AUGUAUGCGUAUGCAGGUGCACAAGUUUACUCAGGGAUCCAUAUUCCAAGUUAUGGAAUGAGUGAUUUUACAUCCUAUGGAAUGUUUCCAUCUAUUUAUGGAGCAGGUGGAUUUCCAUCGUACGGCUUUGGAAGUCAAGGAUUCAUACCAUAUUGCGGCGUCCCAUUAGACUUCGGUAAUUUGUAUCAACCUCGACAUUUUCGACAAUUCACUUAUUUACCUGAACCAGCCCCGCAGAUGCAAGUGACUAGAAACCGAAUGCCUGAUCCACCACCCGAUGUCAUUGAACGUAUUGUAGUCGUGCCUCAACCAAAAUCUUACGUCUAUCAAAUUAUUGAGGUUCCUACGAAACCACCACCAGUUAUUCAAGAUCAUUACGUUCAAGGUCCAGCUAAUCCUGUUUUAUACGGUGGUACGAUACCUGUACAAGUUCCUAGUCAAACAAAUUUAGCUUAUGGAAGUAUGAAUGGCGGUCAGUACGUGCAAAGCGUAAGUCCCGGGACUAGUUAUUCUUCUCCAUCUCCGGUCAUUUAUGGUGACGGAAUGAAUUAUGCGGGAAGUGGAAUUAUGUAUGCAAAUAGCGAUUUAUUGGAUGCUGUUGACUGGUUACUAUGUUAUCUGUUGAAAGAAAGUGUUCAGAAAUUAAAAUCUUUGGAAUCAUCAUCGAUGUCUACUUCAAAAAUCGAAAAUGCGGCGUUUGAUAUUAAAAAUUCGGCACAAGUCUACUAUCUACGUUCGUUAGCAAUCGUUUACAUUCAGCGUACAGCAGUUCGACGAUUUGAAAGUCUUUUAGAAAUAAGUAAUGAUAUAGACGAUGCAUGUCGGAAUGUUUUGGAAAAAUUACUUACAUUGCACACAUUAAAGUUAUUAGAAGAAUAUUCAUCAACAUUAUUCGCUGGCGGUUAUUUUGUCGAUCGAUCAGUGGUGACUGUCAUUCAGAAUGUAAUACUAGAUUUAUGUUCAUCAUUGAAAAAUGAAGCUGUCGCCUUAGUUGAUGUAUUUGCUCCACCCGAUCACAUUUUAAAUUCAGUACUUGGAAAUACGAAUGGAGAUGUUUAUCACGCAAUAUAUGAUAUGAUUCGCAGUAAUCCCAAUACGUAUGUGAUACCACAUUGGCUAAAAAGUGAUCUGGUUCAUCGAAGUAAACUGUAA